AUGUUUUUUACAUGUAUGGUGAUCGGGCAAUAUUCCAAAAUCCGUGAACGUCAGGAAGACAGGCUGUUUGUCGGUGUAGCUCUUUUAAAGGAGUCCGGUUCUUUAAAAGUUUUCUGUCAUGGUUAUAAUUGUAGCAUUUAUGGUACUUCCUUCGACCCAUUACUCUUAUCGCAGUCUAGUUACAUCUUCUUGCAAGGUGGUCUAAGCGGUAAGGUGCUGGGAAAAAGCCUCAUUGUCUUUAGAGAUAGUGGAGUCCCCUAUAGUGUGUAUUGGUUCGCCACCCUUGUCACUAUUUCCUGUGGGUACGGGGUAUCUAGUCCUAAACCAACUGUUGGUCCAAUAUGCGAAUCAUCGUGCUGUGAACGCGUUGGCAAAAACGUCACCCCAACAUGGCGUCGGUGGCAGUUGGGUCUUUUAUACUUCCUUUGUUGUGCAUUGUGGGUAGGCAGCACUUGGAAGAUAUUAGAGUCGCCUGUAAUUCUAGGAGGAAACGGGUAUUUCGAGAGUACCACAAGAAUUUAUAAGAUGGGUAUUCUGUAUAACUCGAGUACGUUUAUUUAA